UAAUUCAGUGUUCUAAAACGUUUCAAGUUUAUUGCAUAUAACAUACAGCUGACUUGCAAAUUGUCGCGAACAAUUAUUCACAAAUAAUUCGUGAUCUUUGCAAAAAUUACUGACCUGCAUUGUGCAACAAGUGGAACAUCAAGCCUAUAAUUACAAGGACUUUCUAAAUAGAAAUUGUACCGUAGAGAUUCUCUUUCUAAACACAAUUCGCGUUAGACGUACAGUUGCCUGCACUCUUUAAACGUUGAAGCACAAACUAAGAAAUGGAUACAAAUUUUAUGCGCCACUUUUUCAUCUUUAACUCAGUGAAUAUAAUAUUAAUGUCAUUAUCAUUCAAUUUCCUGGAAUCUUAUUUACCUACAUUGAUAAAACGUGCCUUUCUGUACGGCAAAUUUAGUGUAAAGACGCCUCACACAAUAACAGCAAAACUCGAAGUGCCCAAAAGAUGGUUUAAACAUUUUUACAUGUUUUGUGCACCAUUCAUGACUAUUACUCUUUGCUUACUUUCCUGCAAAUAUCUCUAUAAUAUAAAUAUACCUGAAAUUGUGUUUACAUUGUUAGACACAUUAUUAGGAACAUCCAGAAAAUCAUUAAUACCAGCAGAAGAUGCAUUUCUGGCUAUUGUCGUAUUUAACAUACAUUGUUGGAAGAGAUUUUAUGAGUCAUGUUUCAUUAAUGUAUAUAGUAAUCAAAGAAUGCAUAUAUUUGUUUAUUUCAUCGGAUUUGCGCAUUAUAUCGGAAUAAUUCUGUCUAUAUUAGGCGAAUCUGAAGGGUUUGUUAAAGGUUCGCAUGCGACCUUGUUCCUAUACAAAGUCACAACUGUGAAACUAGUUUGUGCACUUAUAUGUUUAUGGGCGUCAUAUGAACAAUUAAAAACAAAUUUUAUUCUUGCAAGACUACGUAAAAAUUCUCAUGGUGACGUCGUAUCUCUUGAACAUAAAAUACCAUUUGAUGGUCUAUUUAAGUAUAUAGCAGGUCCAUUGCAAUUGUGCGAAGCAAUUAUAUAUUUAAUGUUCUCCAUAAUUCUUUGGCGAGCUUCUACAUUUCAUUACGUUACUCUUUGGGUUAUAUCAAAUCAGGUGGUAUGUGCAUAUUUGUCUCAUCAUUGGUACCGUAAAACAUUUACAAAUUAUCCAAAAGAGAGAAAGAUUAUAAUUCCUAACAUAUGGUAAAAUUUUUACUACGAAAUUGAUACAUUAUUGACUGAAAACGAUAUGAUUCAAUAAUUUACAUAUUUAAUUAUAAUAUACAUACCAAAAAAAUAAUAGCC